AUGGGCGAUGCCGGCGACGAAGGAAAACGCAUGAUCCACGCCUUCUUCGAACACAGCAUUCGAACACCAUGUGUGCCACGUUCUUCGACCGCGGAGACGUCCCAUUCGGAAGAAAUGGGAUCCUCAGGGGUUCGAGUCCCCUAGGUGGCCUGUUUUUUUGCGUUCCAUUUCCUAGCUUCACGAUCAUCCCCGACGGUUUUCGGAUGCGACCACACCCUUUCGAUGCCGACAAAGAGAAACUAAUAAUAUUAAUAAUGAGAAGAAUAGCGCUGUGUUUUGUUUGAGUUCUCUCCCAUCUCCUUCUUCGAUCUACCUUUCGAAUUCGAAUCGGUGCCGAUAAAAAGUGAAGGUCAUUUUGUUUUGGCGAAACGAAACGAAACGAAACGAAAUGCGAAUCCGGCAACGGACGAGACACUGCUGUCUCUUUUUUGUGCUUUUAUUCACGAGUUGCCUCAUUUGCCGCCUUCUUUUUGACGAUUUGCACAGUGUAAGUCCUUUGAUCUUCCAAUUUUGAUCUUUGAGAAACUUCGAAUUCGUAGAUCAAAUCAAGAUUCAAAAAAAAAACCAAGCUGUUCUAGGUCGCGCACACCGAACGAUUCGCCGUCUCGAGGUCCAAAUCGUCGCGCAAAUGCAAUAUCACCGUGGCGAUGGUGGUUGGUGACGUGGCGACUGCCGAAAGGGAUUACGGUACCGCGCUCAACUCGAUGCGGUGCUAUUGUCGGAUGCAAAACUACAAAUUCGAACUCGUCGAAGACUGGGACUAUCAGAAUGUGUGUCGGCAGCGGGAUGUGAGUACCGGACCAAAAAAGAACAAUAACAUAAUCGAUCUAUUUCAGUUCAUGUUCCGUCGGCACUGUAUUGUGGCUCACUUGCUCCGCGACACCGAUUGGCUCGUAUUCCUUGACGCCGACGUGGCAGUCGUCAAUCCGAAAGUGUAAUUAAUUGAAGCGUUAUGUGUUUUCCAAGGUCACCACCAAAAAAAUUACAGGCGAAUCGAAGAGUACAUCGAUCUGAACUACGAUCUGACGUUCUACGAUCGUUUCGUGAACUGGGAAGUGGCCGCCGGCUCGUACAUUGUCCGCAACACGCCGUGGGCACGGGACUUCCUUCUCAAGUUCGCCAACUUUGAAGAACACCUUCCGGACAGCUUCCACGGCACCGACAACGGCGCCCUCCACGUCUUCCUGCAACAGACAUUCUAUCCGCAGUUGUCCGACGAGGCACACGUCUGUCUGAGCGUCUGGGAAAGGGCCGACAGUUUUCAGGAUCUGUUCACCUUCGAGGCGUGCAUUCGGACUGUCAUGGGCGAUGUGCACGAGUUCGACAAGGCCAGGAUACUCAAAAAAGUGAGUCUUGUCGAGAUGUGUACGAUAAUCGUAUGAUCUUCAACUACAGGGCACCGGAUGGGUACGCGACAUAUGGCUGGCCGACUCGAAAUGGAGCCCCGAUCGGGACUUUAUGCUGCAUGGGCUCAAAGACGAAAACCAAAUCGGAUUCGGACAGGGACUGAUUGUGAAUAUGUGAGUUCGAGGCACUUUGAAACGUUUGCACUUUUCAAAAUUCUAGAAUAUUCGGUCGAUUCAACUGGCGGUCACCGUUCGUCGAACGACUCGAAUUGAACGAGUGUUCGGCCGGAUCCAACUGGAAAUGGGACAAUGUGUACGAUAAGAAAUUGAUAGUGUCCCGGGAGGAAGUGGAGCACCAUCUGAAGAGGGUGUUCGCUGAGGUAGAGCGGAGGCGCUGGAAGAGUCUCGCCGCCGUCGCUUCUUAUAUUUAA